AUGAAACCGUCGACCCAACGUUGGUUCCAGCGUGCUACUUAUCCCCAUCAACAGUUAAAACAAGGAUCUCAGCUUCCUGUUGCGUCGCCUGAACUUCUCCCAGGUGCAUCUCCUCAGAUGACACAACAACAUUCGUCUCCUCAGGUCGACCAGAAAAUUUUGAUGUCAUCUGUCAACAAGAUGGGAACUCCAUUGCAACCUGCAAACUCUCCUUUCGUUGUCCCAUCUCCUUCAACUCCCCUGGCACCGUCUCCUAUGCAAGUUGACUCUGAGAAACCAUCUGGAGUUUCUUCGUUGUCAAUGGGAAAUACUGCACGCCAACAAGCUACUGGCAUGCAAAGUGUAGUUCAAUCCAUUGCAAUUGGCACUCCAGGGAUCUCUGCAUCUCCUCUCCUUCAGGAGUUUACCAGUCUUGAUGGAAAUAAUUUAAGUCCAAGUGCGGCUGAGCUUCCUAUUGAACGCCUUAUUAGAGUCGUUAAGUCCAUCUCACCACAAUCACUUUCUUCUGGAUAUCGUCUCCAAGCAAGAAACUUCAUGACGCAAGAGGGAAUGACGGCGAGCAAGAAAAUGAAACGUCACACAACUGCAAUGCCGUUAAGCGUUUCUUCAUUAGGAGGAAGUGUUGGUGAUAAUUACAAGCAGUUUGCAUGUUCAGAAACAUCAGAUUUGGAAUCUACUGCGACUUCUGUUGGCAAGAAGGCAAGAACAGAGACGGAGCACGCCCUUUUGGAGGAAAUCAAGGAAAUAAACCAGCGGCUGAUAGAUACAGUUGUUGAGAUUAGUGAUGAUGAAGAUGCUGAUGAUACUAGUGAGGAAGGAACAGCAAGCAAAGGGUGUGAAGGAACAACAGUAAGACUCUCGUUUAAAGCGGUUUCUCUCAGCCCAGACUUGAAGGCUCAUCUCUCAUCUACCCAAAUAUGUCCUAUUCAACCAUUGCGUCUGCUGGUACCUUGUAGCUACCCCAACGGCUCUCCAUCUCUCCUGGAUAAAAUGGAAACCAGGUACAAGCAAAAUAUCUGGCUCAUGUCUUUAGAAACCAUCUAUAAGAAACUGGAUCAUCUUUCUUACCUUAAUUUAACAACAUGGUCUGGUUUCUUGAACAUAAGAAGAGAACGAGGACCUGUCGUCCAAGGCUAUGGCAAGGUUCAACAUCUUGCUAAGAAGUUUGUCACAGCCGAUGUCGCUCAAAGACAUAGCCAAGACAUGGGACGCAUGCGCUCGGACUGUGAUCUGUGA